UUCUUUCUAAACUAUUGUUACCUUUCAUGCUUCCAGCCCAGUCGGGCAGCGCAAUUCGCUUUUGUGUAGGAGAAUAGAACAAUACGACAGGUUACAUAACCCUGGGCACUCCGUGUCUCGGUCACACCGAAAGUAGAAGGAAGAACAAGGCGACAAGCCGACAGACAGGUUCUUGUUCUUGUUCCUCUCUAUAUCCGUUCCGUUUGUUGCACCUUUAUAGCCACGUGAUUGUUCGAUUUACAGCCGAGGUGGAGAACCCUUUACAGCAAGUGGUGAGAUACCGAUUUCCUAACAACCAAUAGUGGCUUUUAGGGUAUUUACCUGCUCGUGUGACAUAGUUCAUGUAAAGGUCUCAAAUCAUCGUCCCUUUGGAAGCAAUAUGCCUCCGUUCGAUUGUCAUAACCUCUCGUACACGUUUAUUGUGUUUUACGUUCGAACCCGGUUUCUAAUAUCAGUAGCUUUCAGGACAAGGGAUAUUCUGUUAUUCGUCAAUUCCUCAAUUUAUGUGUUUUCUCAUUCUAUUAUUAAAUUAUGUGACAAAGACACGUUAUGCUUCAUUGAGCCUCGCUAUGCUUGAUCUUCCAUUCAUUCCUUUCAUUCAUUUCUAUUUCUCUUUCACAGCUAUGCCCCGACAUAAUUUCAAGAAAAGGCGGACAGCUCGUCAGCAAGAUGUGAAUUACGAAGCUGAUCAGUCUGCUUACCCCGAGGCUUAUCCUGUCGAUGAAGCAUAUCAGUCUGCUUAUGACCCUGUGGAUUACUCUCACCACCCCUAUGGUCAUGUUCAUGAAGCACCCUAUCCUUAUCUAACCCCACUCCAUCACCAUGACCCAUAUUCCCAACAUCAGCCAUAUCUCGAUCCCCAUGCACAUUUUUCCCACCAACCCUACGAGCUUUCUGUGAACGAAGUACCACUUCCUCAUCCCCCAUACCCACCUUAUCAGAAUGAAAUUUAUUCUCAACACCCCCCACAUCAUGAUACUAUGGGCAAUUAUUAUUAUCCCUCUGAGCCUCUUCAACAUCCCUACUCAUAUAAUCCAACAGGGAGUGAUCAUCGAGACCCUUAUUCUCCACACCCGCCUCAUGAUUAUUAUUUCUCUGAGCUUUCCCAACAUCCUUACCCAUCAAAUCCAACAGGGAAUGAUCUCACUUCUCAAUCAUUCUCUCACUAUCCUUCAACUGAUCCAUUCCCUGCUGAUUCAAAGUUCCCUGUUCCCCCCAUACCCAAUCACCCAGUCAAUGGCGAAGGUCAGAUGGUGGUUGAAUCGACUAAACUGUAUGCAGGAAAACAAGACCACCGACAGACUGAGAUUGCUACAUCAGUUAAUGUAGAGGAAAAGGAAGCUGACUCAAUGGUUCAGGAAGACAAAAAACAGGCUAAGCAUACAAUAAAGGAAGAGGCUGAUGUAAAGAUAGUAACUGCUAAUUCAGAGGUUGAUGGAAAGGUAAAAGAAGACACUUCAGAACUGAAAAAAAAAGAAAAAGGAGAAAAGGUGAAGAGAGAGUCUGAUGGAAAGAUAAAAGGAGAUUCUAGUAAUUCAGCAGUAAAUAAAGAGAAAGAAGAAAUUAAGGAAAAUAAAACAAAGAAAAGGAAGAAAAAAUCAACCGGUCUUUCUUCUGAAAGUAGCAGUUCAAGCAGCGGCGACAGCAAAAGCAGCUGCAGCUCGAGUGGCAGUGAUAGUAGCUCCAGCAGUGGCGACAGCAGUGACGGUGAGAGCAGCAUUGCAAGCUCCAAUGACAGCCAAUGCAGCAAAGGAUCUCACAAAGAUGUUAAAAAGGCAAGAAAAUCAGGGGAAAAUGUGAACGACAAAGAAAGGAAGGCAAAGAAGAAAUCAAAGAAAGAGAGAGAUGAAGAGAGGAAGCAGCAUUUUGCAGCAAUUCAGAAGCUAUUGGCGAGAGCCACAUGCACAUGAUUAUAAUCUCAUGAUUAUAAUCUCAUGAUUACCAGCUUCUAAAUUUAACAUGAAAACUUUCCUUAUCUUUCCAGCAACUGUCACAUAAAACUUCAAAGACAAAAAAAUCUGAGUCCAAGACGUCUACCUGUAGUACAACUACUUCCAGUGAAAGUAAGCGUGGUCGAGGACGCCCUCGCAAAUAUAAGCCUAGAGGUAAGAAAAUGCCUCACUUCUGUGGGAAAUUCGUUUACCCUGAUCAUUGAAUUUGGUAUUACGUAUUAUUGAUGUAUUCUCCUUUCAUUUCAGAACUGUUACAGGGUGCAGACAAUAGUGAAGAUCUGAAACCUGAAAGUAACACAUAAGUUAUUCUCUUAUUCCUUAUUUCAUAUUUUGUAAUGUUUCGUGUUUAAUUUCCAUGUAGUAAUAACACCCUUUGUGUUGACUCAAGUACAUGGAAAUAUUUCAUGCACAGGGUAUGUUUAAGAGUAGUUUAAUUUGUGUUCUGACUUUCUGCGUAAGCAAUUGAACACUCUUGUUCCUGCAUGUUUAUUUCUGUUUUAAUUCAAGCAACCAUCUUCCUUUAAGAGUCAUAUUUUAAUCAAAGAAAACUGAAAUUAAUUCUGAAGGGCAUUGAGGAUUUUAAAUGAUUGUAGUUUGUAGUUGUCGAACAUGCCCAUUUUUCUAGUACUCCCCACUCUGCUGAUCUUCAUGGUUGGGCCGCUAGGUGUAGUGCCACCUUGCAGUAAUUGGUGUCAUCAUUUUCGAAUAGCAUCUUUUAAAUAUAAUGUGGUUUUAAGUACCUCAACUGAAGUCAAUGUGGAUUAACUUGAAAUUUAAAAGCGUUAGAUUAUGUACUAGACAUCAGAAGAUAUAACUCAUCUUAUCUUCUACUCAUCUUCUUAUGUAAAACUAGUGCUUCAUCUACAGGAAAUUUGGGGGUGGUGAAGUAUGAAGUAUUCUUAUGUAAAACUAGUGCACUGUUUACGUCCUUCAUAAUCUAGAUCACUCAACGCACACGCAUACCCAACUUGGUGUAUAGCUUCCCAGGACACUAUGAUCGUCAGUAUAGUC